AUGGAGGCUUCCAUAUCUGCAGUUACAGGUGAAUUGGUGAGUCGUUUCAUCUCCUUCCUGAUGAACAAGUACCACUCCUUGAGCCAUGCACAAUCAGAGAAGGUGGUGGACAGAUUGCAGCACCUCCUGAUGAGAGUCAGCAUCGUCGUCGAGGAAGCGGAUGGGCGGUACAUAACCAACUCUGGGAUGAUAUUGCAGCUCAAGAUGCUCUCAGAUGCCAUGUACAGAGGACACCGCACGCUGGACACCUUGAGGUACCAAACACUCCAAGAUAGUGCCGACUCAUCUAGCAGCAGCUUGCAUUUAUCCAUUCCUUCCAAGCGUUCUCGAACAAAAACUGAGAAUGAUGACAAGGCCAUGCGCCUCGAGUCAGAAGGUGCCUUGGAAAGCUUAGAAAUUGCAGUUGCUAAUAUGGUGGAAUUUGUUGUGCUCUUGGGUGGAUGCGAGCGCAUGUCUCGUAGGCCAUAUGAUAUUUAUCUUUACACCAACAACUUCAUCUUCAGCCGACAUGCUGAAAAGCAAAAGCUCUUGAGAUUCUUGUUGGAGCACAACGACUCUCCUGGUGAUCAUGCACCGGCAGUUCUUCCGAUCAUAGGUGGUGGUGGAGUUGGGAAGAAGACAUUGGUUGCUCAUGUUUGUGGCGACGAACAGGUUCGCUCACGCUUCUCCUCUAUUUUGCACUUGAACGGAGACAACCUAUUGCCGAUACUUGACCAUGGAAGGACCAUGUUUGGGAUGAUGCUGGUCGUUAUUGAGUUUGCUUCUGAUGUAGUUGACGAUGACUGGGAAAAAUUUCACUCAUUUCUCAUAAGAAUGAGCAGAGGAAGCAAAAUCAUCAUCAUAAGUAAACUCAAAAGAUUAGCCAGGUUUGGAUCAGUGCAACCUAUUUUCCUAAGUGUUCUAUCUUAUGACGAGUUGAGGUACCUCUUCAAGACACUGGCAUUCGGGAGUGUAGACCCUGCCGAACAUCCACAGCUAGUACAAAUAGCAGACGAGUUUACCAGGGAGUUGCAUAGUGUCCGAGGUUCACUUGUUGAAAUAAAUGUGUUCGCAGAUGCAUUGAGAAGGAAUCAUCAUGCUCAGUUUUGGCGUUGCAUAUUGGAUAAAGGGAUGAAAAUGGUUAAAAGAAACCUGUCAAGCUAUGGUUUGCAUCCAAACAAGCUUAUAGAACAAGGCCGUCCAGUGGACAUAACGGACCUUGCUUUGCAUCCGCUUAGCUUGCUACCUUACACACUCAAGGAGGAUUCACCAAGUGUGACACUGGGGGACCUUCUGGCAGAUCCUAGUGUUAGACCGGAAGGAGACUUCACUCUAAUUGCCUGGAAAUCAAGGAUACCCCCUCAUAGAUCAUAUCUUCAUUGUGUUACAAGUCGUGCUCAGGAUGUACAUGAAGGUGGUGCCUUGCCAGCGAGGAAGCGACGAGGACUGCCAAUCUGA